AUGGUCGUCCCAAAGCAUCAGCUAGAGGCUGCCUUGCACGCCGAGAACCAAGCCAUUCGUGCUGGUAAGCUCAAGGAAGAAAAUCCCCUCGACACCAGCGAGGACUUUCGAGUGCUCUGCGAAGCUUGCCGUCGAGGUGAUCUCAAGCUUUGUCAAGAGCAGAUUACCAAAGGUGUUAACAUCAAUGCCCGAGAUCGUUAUGAUUAUACUCCUCUGAUCUUGGGUAGUUUGUGUGGCCACUAUGAAGUAGUGCAGCUCCUUCUUGAAUCGGGCGCCCUCUGUGAGCGUGAUACCUUCCAAGGCGAACGAUGCUUGUAUAAUGCCCUCAAUGACCGGAUACGAAAUCUCCUCCUACAAUAUGAUUAUUCCAAAUCGACGGAUCCUCUACAGCCGCUGGCGGCACACAUCACCUCGAUCCUUGCCCGAGACACGCCGGAUACAUCAGAUAUCACCAUUCAGACUCAUGAGAGUUCGUUGCGGUUGCACAAGUUUUUGUUGUCCGCACGAUCGCCAUUUUUCGCGAAGAAAUUCGCUGAGAAUCCUGAGAUGAAAAGCAUGAAGCUUACCUCAGUGGCGUUACCUCCAGAAUCGCUAGAAAUUGCUGUUCGUCAUCUAUACUUGGCCGAGGUCAAUGCGGAUCUAGGCGAAGGACAGGAGGAACAAAACAUUUUGACAGGCAUUGAUAAAUUGAGCAAGCAGCUUGAGAUAGAGCAGCUGUUUGAAAAUAUCUUGGAAAGUGGCGACAGACGGCAGGCUCGUCAAAGACGACAGGACGAAAUCCACAAAGGACGCGGUCAGCUGGAGAACUGGUUCCGGGAGAAUGUUCUCAAGCACAAGAUUCACAUCGACACGACCAAAGCCGAUAGUGUCCGCUGGGAUCGGGAUAAUGGCAUCUUCGCUGAUGUCCUUUUGCGUGCGGAUGAAGAUGAGGAUGAAGAUGAAGAUGAAGGCACACCUACGCCAUCGUCGACCGAUUCAGAUACCCCACGGUUGAGAAACACCCAAGGUCCUCUAAACGGCAUCCCCAUUGGUCCUUCCCACAUUUCACGUUCUCCUAGCCGCGUUCGCCAACCCCGGAAAUCAGUCCUUUUCCCCGCUCACCGCGCCAUGCUCAUCCGUUCCGAAUUCUUCCAAACCAUGUUCAGCUCCGCCUUCCGCGAAGCGCAACAAACUCCUCAUCUCCAGAUCAUUUCGAUUGACUGCUCUCCUCGAGUGCUGGAGAUUGUAUUGACUUUCUUGUACACCGAGCGGGCCGACUUUCCGCUUGAUGUUGCUAUUGAUGUGUUGUUUGCCGCCGAUCUUUUGUGGCUGGAAAAGCUCAAGGUUCGGGCGGCUCAGAUCAUCAGCACGUUGGGCAAUGCGGCGUCAGUGGUGGAGGCGGACAACCCGCGCGGUGAGACAGCGCUCGAGGAGACGAUUGAUAUUUAUGAUGUGGUGCGGGCGGGGUGGGACACGCGGGUGCAGCGACUAGAAGAGUUUGGUGCGCGGUACAUUGCGUACCGGUUGGAGAGGUACAUUGAUGAGGAAGAGUUUGCAGAGUUGGUCAAGGAGAGUGCGAUGCGAGUUAAGGGUCGACAGGAGACGGACACGGUCGAGUUGGUUGAUGAUAUCCGGUACUACCUGAGCGAGCGCUUCCGGUUGCGCUUUGAAGAUUCGGGACUUGAAGAGAUGAUGGAAGACAAUGGCGAGUUGUCACCAGAGAUGGCGGCGGCGCUGGCGCAGAAGGGUUCAGAGGCCGUGGCGAACCAGGCGAGUCCGGAGCAGGUGGCAGAUGCGCUUGGGGGCAUGGAUAUUGGUGUUACGGACGAGCAUGCGCAUUUGGAUGAGGAGGAGGCGGAAGCUGAGAGGGCACGUCUCGCGCAGGGUGCGAUUAGGACGUUGGAUGGGGAGCUUGCAGGUGAUGAGUUUGCUCAAGAUGCGAUCAACUACCAGAUUUUGCUGGGUAAGAUUGAUUCGCUGUUGGAUAGGCUCAAGUUGGAUGCUUAGAUGUUGGAGGUGGAGGGUGAUGGAGGGUGGUGGAAGAUGGUUGAGUGGUGUUUGAAUUCAAGACGACGUUGAUGUAUACAGACGGAGGUCGAACUGGAAUUUUACCUAUCUCACUGAUAGUUACGAGACACGCGCAUGUACAAAGAACAAGAAC